AUGGCCAUUGUCCACUUCUCCAUGGGAGGCAAGGCUUUCUCUUUUGGAAAACCUAAUGUUGACUCGGUUGUAGACCGCUUUCUGAACCAAAAUGCGCUGCCAAGUGAAGGCGUCUCCAGCCAUGCCUCGCGGCGUGAUGAUGCCACUGUGCACCAACUCAACCAACAAUUCCAUGAGCUGAACAAGCGAUUGAAAGUCGAGAAAAAGAAAGAGAAAAUUGUUCAAAACAUGAGUAACAAAAACUAUGGCUUGCUAAGUUGUAGGUUUGAUGCAUAUGUUAAUCAACUUGACUUGCAAUAG